AGCUCCAUGGAUGCAGGAAACCAAACAUGUGUCUUGGAAUUCCUCCUCCUGGGCCUCUCAGAGGAUCCAGAACUGCAGCCCCUCCUCUUUGGGCUGUUCUUGUCCAUGUACCUGGUAUCCGUGCUUGGGAACCUGCUCAUCAUCAUGGCUGUUGGCUCUGACCCCCACAUCCACACCCCAAUGUACUUCUUCCUCUCCCACCUCUCCUUUUCUGAUAUUUGUUUCAAUUCCACCAUUGUCCCCAAAAUGCUGGUGAACAUCCAGACAGCAAACAAAGCCAUCACCUAUGGAGGCUGCAUCACCCAGAUGUAUUUUUACUUGGUCUUUUUGUACCUGGACCACUUCCUUCUGACUGUGAUGGCUUAUGACCGCUUCGUGGCCAUCUGUCACCCCCUGCACUACAUGAUCAUGAUGAACCCGCACCUUUGUUGCCUGCUGGCUCUAGUCUCUUUGUCCCUCAGUGUCCUAAUUGCCCUCCUCUACAGUCUGAUGGUGCUGCAUCUCUCAUUCUGCACACACACAGAAAUUCCCCACUUCUUCUGUGAGUUGACUGAGGUGCUCCAGUCCUCCUGUUCUGAUGCUCUCAGCAAUUACAUUGUGCUCUUUUCUGUGACUGGCCUGCUGGGUAUUCCUCCACUGACUGGGGUCCUUUAUUCUUACUCUAGGAUUAUUUCCUCCAUAUUGAAAAUGUCCUCAGUGGAGGGGAGGUACAAAGCGUUUUCCACUUGUGGGUCUCACCUAACAGUCAUUUCCUUAUUGUAUGGCUCGGGGAUAGGUGUGUACCUCGGUUCUGCCUUCUCUCCCUCCUCCUCAAAGGGGGCAGUGGCCUCAGUGAUGUACACCGUGGUCAUCCCCAUGCUGAACCCCUUCAUCUACAGCCUGAGGAACAGGGACAUGCAGGGGGCAUUGAGGAAAUUUGUCAGCAGGUCUUUCUUCCCCUCAUGA